UCUUCUUCGUCGUCUUAGUUUUCUUCAUCAUCUUCUUCUUCAUCAUCUUCUUCUUCGUCGUCUUCGUCAUUGUCUUCUUCGUCGUCGUCUUCUUCUUCUUCUUCGUCGUCUUCUUUGUCAUCGUCACCGACUUCUUCUUCGUCUCAUUGUCUUCUUCGUCUUCAUCGUCUUCUUCUUCAUCGUCGUCUUCUUCUUCAUCUUCUUCGUCGUCGUUCUUCUUCUUCUUCAUCAUCGUCUCCUUCUUCUUCUUCUUCUCCUUCUCCGUCUUCUUUGUCGUCAUCAUCU